AUGACCUCUCUUCCUCAUCCCGCCGCAGCCUACUAUCCUCCUCACUCCCAGGCCAACCCUAUCGAUCUCACCCUCGACGACGACGAUGACGACCUACACAGCACAGAGAGAAUGUCAAAGCGCAUUUGCCCCAGCUCCCGGUCAUUCAACGCCAGUUGUAGCUACGCAACCGCGAGCACUCCUUCCUCUGCAUAUAGCCGCCAGUCUCCCUCCGGUCUGUCCCCUGCUAUGUCCCAUUCUACCCUUGCGCCCCCGGACGCACCCCCCACCUCGUCCCCAUCCCACUCCUCUCAUUCUGGCUAUGGCGCGCCGCGUUCGCAUGAUCACUACGAAAGCCCGUCUCCGAAUGCACCCCGCUUCCAAGGCCCGUCCAGUUCAGCCGCCUUCUUCCGCUCGCGACAAGCGCCCCCUUCCGCGAACCCUCUCGAUCCUCACCCACCUAUGCAAGCCAGCUCCAAUGGAGCAUCACCAUCGAGCGCAGCUGCGCGUCAGAUCAUAGACCUCACGGGGUCACCUUCGCCUCCUCCUUCCGCUAGGUCUUCACAGCCGCCACAGCCUUGCGCGCCCCCGCCACAAGCCAUGGGUAAUUUACCUCCGGACCUUCCCCCGAAGACCCCAGUUUGCAUUGGUGUACUUGCUGCCACCGCUCUUGUGCUAUACCCCAUUUCGUAUCUCAGUCCGUCGGAUACUGGUGGGCAAGAGUGCGACUGGGCGCCGGUACGUUUGCAGUACGAGCACAACGACAACAAGGCAAGCGGUUCCACAGAGACCAUUCAUAUAAGACCGCCUUCCAUGAAAGGAACGAACGGAGAAGUCAUUCCGGGCGAGACCUUCGCGGUAGUAGAGCAGAAAGUCGCAACACAUCUUGGGCCGAUGCUUGGCAAGGGACUCAUUCGCUUAGAUGCGAAGAUUCGGAGAACAAAUCGACCGCUGCCCAUUCUACAACUGCAACUGCUCGUAUUCACUCCCAAAGGCAAUAUCCCGGUCGUUUCCCAUUACCUCGCCACGAAUAGCCUCUAUCUAGACCAUCCUACACAUCCCACAGAUGUUCAACACGCGUCAUCACAAUACUACCACAAUCCUCACAAUCCUCCUCCCGGUGGUCAUGCUCCUCGGACCGCUGUCAUCAAUCGUCCCGGCUACCUUGGACCAUCGCACUCAUUCAGCAAAUGGAGCGCACCCGCUGUCGCCGGACGCAGUAUUGAAGUCCAGCGGAAUCAGGUCGAUGAGCUCUUCAAGAGUUUGAAGAGUGGAGACGAGAUAGAUGAGGCCAAUACUCCACCUGACGUUGCGACGAAGAUGUAUCCACAUCAGCUCAAAGCGCUUACGUUCUUGCUCGCGCGAGAGCAAGAAACUGACGACAAGUGUCGACGACAGACGUCGCUGUGGCAAGAGCGAGUCAAUCCUCUUUCGCAUCAACGAUCGUGGGUCAACAUUGUCACACAAGCGGAAGAGUUCACAAAGCCGUGGGAGGCAAAAAGCGCCAUCCUCGCCGACGAUAUGGGUCUUGGUAAGACGAUUACAUGUGUCUCGCUCAUGGCCGCGACUCUGCAAGCCGCCCGCGAAUUUGGCGAGUCGCCCCUACCACCUCCCCCUCCAGCUCUAGCUCCUUCGACUCACGGUGACGCUCCAUUGACUGCAUCUCACUUCCAAGGAAGCGUCUGGGGCAUCCCUCCUCUCUCGAUAGAGCCUCAUGCUUCCUCGUCCUCGUCGAAGAAGAACAAGGCUGCGCAGAAGGAACAGGAUCGCGCGGAGGCACAGUACACCCGAGCCUGCCGCAUCAAGAUGAAAAGUCGCGCCACGCUCAUCAUAUGUCCACUGUCCACGGUGGUCAACUGGGAAGACCAGUUCCGCGAGCACUGGCGCGGCGAAGUCACUGUUUAUGGAGGCGCCGCGGCCGGUGCAAACUCAUCGCCUUCCUGUUCUGUGCCACAGCAAGCUACUCUGACGGCGCUCUCUACUCCCACCGGCUCACAGCUCGAUAUCAAGGCGGAGGAGAAGAAGCCGGCAUCCGGCCGUGUUCGUGAUGGGACUCCGCUUCGCGUCUACGUCUAUCACGGCAACGCGCGCCGGCUAGACCCGAGCUUCCUCGCCGACUUCGACGCGGUCAUCACGACGUACUCGACGCUGGCGUCAGAGUUUUCGAAGCAGACGAAGAGCUUGGAGACUGCGGAUGAUGACGACGACGAUGAGGGUAAUGGUAGUGAAGGAAUCAUGGAAGUCGACGCAUCCGGAAAGGGCAAGAAGAAGCAGAAGAAGAGGAAGAAGUUCUCUUGUACCCCCGGUGCCGAGGUGACGAGUCCGCUUCAAAGCGUCCACUGGUUCCGCGUCGUCCUGGACGAGGCACACUGCAUCAAGGAGACAAACACCGUCGGAUGCCGCGCGUCGUGUGACCUCAUCGCAGACCGUCGCUUGUGCUUAACGGGUACCCCCGUGCAGAACAAGCUUGACGACGUCUACGCGCUCAUCAAGUUCCUCAGGUUGACACCAUUCGACGACAAGAACACGUGGAAUGAGUUCAUCGGCACUCCAGUCAAGUACGCUCAGCCCUUGGGUGUCGCUCGUCUGCAGACCAUCAUGAAGUGCAUCACGCUUCGUCGCACGAAGGAAUCGCGCGCCGAGGAUGGCAAGAAGAUCCUUUACUUGCCGCCACGACACGAUGAGCUUCGCCUCCUCAAGUUUGACGCGGAGGAACAAGCAAUCUAUGACCAAUUCUUCAACGAGUCCAAGGCCGAGUUCCAGUCGCUCUCCCACAAGAACGAAGUGAUGAAGAACUACGUCGGCAUCCUGCAGAAGAUCCUUCGAUUGCGCCAAAUCUGCGACCACUUCGAGCUCGUCUUCAACAAGGGCCUUGGGUUGCCUGGGGAGACAACAUCGUACGAAGAUGUCGUUGCGGCGAUCACGCGUGAAGGACUCGACGUUCAGAGGGCAGCGGUCGUCUUCAAUCUCCUCAAGGAAGCGGGGACCACUCAAUGCGUUGAGUGCUCGUGCGAGCUCUCCCCUCCAAUGGACGCAGGCAACGAGGGCAUGAACGAGGACGACGCACCGACCGGCCCAGCGAAGCGCGGAAGGAAGCCCAAGGCCGCCGCGUCCUCUUCGCGCGUAUCUACGCGCCAGAACAGCCCCAACCACCCACAGCCGGUCCUUACCCGCUGCCAACACCUCUACUGCGCCGACUGCUUCCGAAGCUCCACGUUCCCCGGUUGGCCGAAGGUCGCGCCGGACACGCACCGGUGCUGUUCGGUGUGCCAGCAGGCGCUUGCCCCCUCGGAUGCGGUCCUCGUCAACCUCGACUGCACUCUGCUCGACAGCCUGACGGCCGGUGGGAAGAAAAAGCCGGUGAAGAAGGAGAAGCGACAGAAGGGCAUCGCGCCGGAGAACUUCCACCCGUCCACCAAGGUUCGCGCACUCCUCGGGGACCUCAUCCAGUUCUCGCGUGUGAACCCGUACUCGCCCAACUAUGACCCCAACUCAGUCGAGGUCCAGAUGGUCGAUGGGGACGGCAACAAGCUCGACGACGGCAUCACCAAGACGGUCGUGUUCUCUCAGUGGACUAGCAUGCUUGACAAAGUCGAAGACGCUCUCGAAAUAGCAAACAUUCACUACGAGCGCCUAGACGGGACCAUGAAGCGCGACGAGCGCACGAAGGCGAUGGAGGCGCUCAAGCAUGACCCUAGCUGCGAGGUGCUUCUGGUCAGCUUGAAGGCAGGCGGUGUAGGCCUGAACUUGACGGCCGCUCAACGUGUCUACCUCAUGGAUCCCUAUUGGAAUCCCGCGGUAGAAAACCAAGCGGUUGAUCGUAUUCAUCGUCUCGGUCAAACACGGCCUGUGACUACCAUCAAGCUCAUCAUCGAGAACACGAUCGAGGCGCGCCUGCUCGCAGUCCAGAAGAAGAAGUCGGAGCUCGCGAAGCUCACUCUCGGUCCGCCGCUGAGCAAGUCCGACCUGCAAGCCCGCCGGUUGGAGGAGCUCCAACAGCUGUUCGCGUCGUAA